AUGCUUUCGGGUGACCUGAUUUUGACAAUUCUGUUCAUCGCUCAGACUGGGGUUGGGCUUCUGGGGAAUUCAAUUCUGCUCAUGCUGUAUAUCACCAUCUUCAUUUCCCAUCACCAACAGAAGAAGAUCACAGACCUGAUCCUCACUCACUUGACUGUGGCUGACACAGUGACCCUUCUCACCCAGACUACUCCAGGGAUGGUUAUUGCCUUCAGGUGGGAGAAUUCUCUGGAUGAUUUUGGGUGUCAGGUCAAUUCCUAUAUCAGGAGAGUGGUCAGGGGCCUUUGUAUCUGUACCACCUAUCUCCUGAGCAGUUUCCAGGCUGUUACCAUCAGCCCCAGCAACUUUGGCUGGGUCCAUCUGAAACACCAGGUCCCCAGGUUGAUCUUGCCUGCCUUUAUCAUAUUCUGGAUCUUCAAUCUAUUAGUGGAAAUGAAUGUACUAAAACCAAUUGUAGACAACAAAAAUGUCAUCAUUUCAAUCAGUGGUGACAGUAGGAAGAGUUGUACUAGCAUAUUUUAUUUAAAUAAGAUAAAUAAUUCUUCAUAUCUCACUGCUAAAACUUUCCAUGAUGCCUUCUUUGUGCUCCUCAUGACCUGGGCCAGUGGCUAUAUGGUACUUGUGCUACACCACCAUCGUAGGCAAGUCCAGCACAUUCAUACCAGCAGCCAAACCCACAAAGCUUCCCCAGAUACCAGAACCACCCAGACCAUCCUGCUCCUGGUCACUUGCUUCGUUUCUUUUUAUUGCAUCAGUAGCAGCAUUAGUCUGUUUUUGAAUUUUAUUAAGAUGGAUGACAUAAUGUUGGUAUUUGUUAAGCGCUUACUAUGUGCCGAGCACUGUUCUAAGUGCAGGGGUAGACACAGGGGAAUCAGGUUGUCCCACGUGGGGCUCACAGUCUUAAUCCCCAUUUUACAGAUGAGGGAACUGAGGCACCGAGAAGUUAAGUGA